UAUUCCUCUUUUAUUUUUCUUUUUGUUAUAGUCCUUAAGACUUUGUAUCGAAAUCAAAUCCCUCAUAAUCAGCCACACUUUCCGUGUUACCAUCACUCAUUCAACCUUUCCUUUUUUACUUUUCCCUUUUCUUGUUUCAGAGUUUUCUUGAGGAACAAGAAGAGAAGUUUUCUUAUUUUCUUUGUUUUGUUUCUUCUCCGAUAAUGGCUGCUUCAAGAUGGAUCAGGCCUGAGGUAUUUCCUCUUUUUGCUGCUGUUGGUGUAGCUGUUGGCAUUUGUGGGAUGCAACUUGUUAGGAAUAUAUGCAUCAAUCCCGACGUCAGGGUGACUAAAGAGAAGAGAGCUGCAGGAGUUCUUGAUAACUUUGCAGAGGGUGAGAAAUAUGCAGAACAUGGCUUGAGGAAGUUUGUUCGCAAGAAGCAGCCUCAGAUAAUGCCAUCCAUCAAUGGCUUCUUCUCCGAUCCUGAUCUUCCAAGUUCCAAAUAGAAAGUUCAUUUUAUAAGUUUAACAUUGAAAUCAGGCUUUCAUAUUUCAAGCUUUUGAUCCAGAGGAAAUAGGAUUAAACAGUAUUUUUCAUUUUUUCCCCAUUCAAAGAGCAUUAAGCAAUUGCAUGUUGCAUGUUGUUGGAGUUUUUUUUUUUUUUUUGUUUGAUAUAUACAUUCUUGAAUAAUAAAAUUUCAUUUUAUUUUAUCUCUA